AUGCCUGUUGAGCUUUUGCAGAUUGCCGAACAGCUAGACGAAAUCUGCAUUGACUUGAUUUUAUCAACUGACGGAGUUACUUUUGUGAGCUCAAGCGUCAAUCACCAAAUGUACCCUAUUUGGCUUUCUGUUGCCCAGCUUCCUCCGAUUCUACGGAUGUCUAAAAAGAAUAUUGCUUUGGCCGCUUUGUUUGUUGGCAAAGGAAAGCCUAAUUGGGAAGAAAUUGUAAAACAAUUGACUCAAGAGCUACAACGAAAGGUUGCAGUUCUAAUGCCGAAUAGACGUUUAUUUUGCCUCAAGUUCCAUGUUGUGCUUAUUGUCGCUGACCUCAUAGCUAAGUCAAAUUUUUUGAAUAUGUACCAGCAUAACAGAAACAGUGGGAAGAUUCCGAUCAAGUGGAUGGCAAUUGAGGUGCUACAGGACCAGACACUCGCACCCAAGAGUGACGUAUGGAGUUUCGGAGUGGUGUUGUAUGAACUGUGCACUUUGGGCAGUGUCCCUCUCCCCAACAUCCCCUCUGCAGACCUCCUUAAGACCCUCUUCACGGGAUACAGGAUGGACCAACCUAACACAUGCUCAGACACUCUGUACAAUAUGAUGAUCCGGUGCUGGCGUGAGAAACCGGAGGAGCGUGCCGACUUCCCUCAGCUACUGACCGCACUCACCGAUCACUCGGAGGAGAAUCCGCAUUCGUCCCUCAUUCAACUCAACAACGACGACAACAGCUCUUCGGGGAGCAGCACCACACCGAGCGUCCCCCUCCCCCGUGCCCACGAAGAAGCCAAACAAUGCACCUGUGUGUCAGACUGACCGAGUCAAAAUGUGUUGGGUAGCCAGAGAGGGUCUGUUUCUGGUCAGCAA